AACUCCGCUACUCGAGGAGCUUGGAAUAGCAGCUCGCUUGGAGGAAAAAAGAAAAAACUUGGAAAAUCGUAUUCUGUUCUGAGUCACGAUGAGAGACUUCCUGGUGAGUUUCACGGUUAUGAACGCAUGCUUGUUAUUAUGAACCUUGGGGCUAAAAAUUAUUUUUUAGUCAUGAGCAAAAAGCGCUCACGACGAUUGGACUACAAGUACUCUAACGUGGGACGUAUGGACAUCGAAAUUGACGUAAUGCCUGAAUAUGAAGAGGUGGAAAAUCAUCUGCCAGGAAAAUCCACCAACUUCAAUGCAGUAUGGAAAGUUAUUGCAAACUAUCGUGAAGGUUAUUCAUUGCUCGCAGGUGCAAUUCCGACUACGAUUCUUCGAGCAUUCUUCUACUUGCUCAUUUGUUUUGAAGUCGCUUCAGUGCUUGAAAUCGCGAUAACUCCUGAGGAACAACGCAAUGACCAGAUUUUUAUUGUAGCUGCUGUCUACACAGCCCUGAUUAUCAUCAAAACCAUAUUUGAAGCGCUUGGUAGACUCUUCAUUGCUUUAUAUGGUCAUGGAUUCUGUUCGUGUAUGAGAAGCACAAUGUUCAGAAAGAUUAUGCGCCACGGAUGUGCAUACUUCGACGAGGAAAGGAACAGUCCUGGACGUAUAUUGCAAAGGAUCAUAACCGACUCAUCGACGUUGAACAAAAUUAUGGAAACUAAACUGGACAUUCUCAUACCGGCAGUAAUUUGCCCACUUUUUUCAUUUGCUGCUGCUAUGUACAUCAACUGGAAGAUGGCACUGUUAUGCUCAUUUCAAUUCCCUGCCUACUUCAUUAUUCGAAUUGUGCAAAUGAAGGAAGGAACUAAAAGGCAGAGAGCAAUGGUCGAGGAGGAAAACAAAGCAGCAAAUCUGGCUUCUGUUGUCCUGUCAAAUAUGGGCACGAUCAAGGCGUAUAACCUGCAAGAGCACUUUUAUUCAGUUUUUGCUGAUACACUGGAGCCAUUAGCUCGAGCCAUGAAAAGACAGUCGGUUAUUUCUGCGUUCGUGUUCGCUUGUCAAUACUCCUUCACCUAUAUUCUUAUCGCAAUAACAUUGUUCUUCGGAAAGGUGAUGAUGCUCAACAAUGAAAUAACGGUAUUUGACUACAUGAGGGUUGUCCUGCUAACGCAAUUUGGAGCGAACUUCUUCUCACAGCUAGUCGCAUCUGUUUCGGACAUGUCGAAGGCUCGAGUCGCUGCAGAAAACGUGUUAUCUGUGUUGAAAGAAAGAGCCGUUGAUUUCGACAAUCUCAGUGAGGAAGGACAGCGACCUAAACUAGAGGGAAGCAUAAAAUUGAAGGAUGUCUCGUUCCGAUACCCAACACGGCCUGUCGUUCCUAUUCUUGAGAAGCUGAACUUAGAGAUUAACGCUGGUCAAUCUGUUGCACUCGUCGGUCCGUCCGGGUCUGGUAAGACCUCCGUCAUAGCCCUUAUCCAACGGUUGUACAAUGCCACAGACGGAGAAGUGCUCAUGGACAAGUACAAUGUGAAGUCAAUUAACCCUGCCUAUCUCCGGAGGAUGGUUGUCUCCGUUGGCCAAGAGCCAACACUGUUUUCCUUCACGAUAAAAGUGAGAUCAGACGAAAAGCCUUUGUAUCUGUCUUUGAACUUCAAAAAAUGUGCAUUCAAGGAGAACAUCGCUUACGGUAUGAUGGAAAGCGAAGUGACUAUGGAGAAGAUUGAAGAAGCUGCAAAGAUAGCAAAUAUUCAUGACUUUAUCAUGUCAUUGCCGCAGGGUUACGACACGGAGAUUGGCGAGUUCGGUGCUCAACUUUCUGGAGGUCAAAAGCAACGCAUUGCUAUUGCUAGAGCUAUUGUGCGACGACCUGUCGUGCUUCUUAUGGAUGAAGCGACUGCUGCGUUAGACAGCACAAGUGAAAAGGCUGUUCAGUUGGCCCUCGAGAAAGCUGGCAAAACAUGUACUUCUUUACAGAUUGCUCAUCGGCUUUCCUCGAUACGGGGUGUGGAUAAAAUCUGUGUGCUCGUCGAUGGUGCCAUUGCUGAAGAGGGUACUCACGAUGCGCUGAUCGCCAAGCGAGGACUGUACUACAACAUGACACAGUCAGCCUAA